AUGGAACGGCUCCAUGCAUCCGCUAGUUUUAUAUUAAUGUUUAUGUGGAUAUUCACCACAAAAUUUAGAGUAGCAUUGGCUGUUUGGCUACAAGCCCAUGCAACAUUUUAUGGUGGAAGUGAUGCUUCAGGAACGAUGGGGGGCGCCUGUGGUUAUGGAAACCUCAACACCGACGGUUAUGGAAUAAAAACUGCAGCUCUUAGCACAGCUUUGUUCAACGAUGGCAAGUCAUGUGGUGGGUGCUAUCAGAUAGUCUGUGACUCGACCCAGGUGCCCCAAUGGUGCCUCAAGGGUACUUUUAUUACAAUUACGGCUACAAACUUUUGUCCUCCAAACUAUGAUCUCCCUAGUGACAAUGGCGGUUGGUGCAAUCCUCCUCGACCACACUUUGACAUGUCUCAACCUGCAUUUGAGACAAUUGCCAUAUACAAGGCUGGGAUUGUACCUGUUCUCUAUAGGAAAGUUGGAUGCAAGAGAAGCGGAGGCAUUAGAUUUACCAUCAACGGGAAAGAUUACUUCGAACUAGUGCUCAUAUCCAACGUAGGGGGAGCUGGAGAUAUCUCUAAUGUUUGGAUCAAAGGAUCUAAAUCCAAUCAAUGGGAAACCAUGUCAAGAAAUUGGGGUGCCAACUGGCAGAGCCUAAGUUAUCUCAAUGGCCAGAGCUUGUCUUUUAGAGUCCAAAGCAGUAACGGACAAAUCCGCACAGCUCUUAACGCAGCUCCUUCUAAUUGGAAGUUUGGCCAGUCCUUUAAAAGUAAUGUUCAAUUCUAA